AUGGAGCCAUCAUUAUCACAAGGAGCUGGUUUUGGUUUAAUUAUUGGCGGUGGUGUAUUCUUCGCUGUUGUAAUGAAUUAUGUUACUCACUUACAAAACAAAUUUAGUCAGUAUAAUUCACACAAGGUUGACGAAUUUGUAUCUGGUAGCAGACGUGUUGGUUUUGGUCUCUUGUUAGCUGGUAUUUUGCUGAGUUGGACAUGGAGUUUAACUUUACUAGAAUCUGCAGUCAAAAGCUACAGUAUGGGCUUCUGUGGGUCAUACUAUUAUGCUAUUGGAGGACUUCUCCAAGUUUCAAUUUUUUCAGUUAUUUCCAGCAAAAUCAAAAAAAAUGCAAAUUUGGUCACCACAUUCCCAGAAAUGGGGUACUUUAGAUUUGGUGUACCUGGCCACUUAGCUUUCCUUUGGUGUGGGUUUGUGUGUAAUGCAAUCGUUAGCUCAUGUAUUCUUCUUGGAGGGUCUGCUGUACUUCACGCUGUAACCGGUGUUAGUCAAUAUGCUUCACUUUUCUUAAUUCCUUUUGGGGUUGCCGUAUAUGUCUCAUUUGGUGGAUUGAGAGCCACAUUCAUAUCAGAUGCUUCACAUACAUUUAUCAUAUUAAUUUUUAUUAUUGUCUUUAUGUUCGAAGUGUAUGUUUCGAAUGACAAAAUAGGAUCAGCACAAAAGAUGUGGGAGUUAUUGGAAUCUUUACCUCCAGUCGAAAACAAUUACCAAGGAUCAUAUCUCACUUUUAGGUCUGAGCAGGGUGCCAUAUUCGCCGUGAUUAGUGUUAUCACCGGUAUUGGUUUGGUUGUUGCUGAUCAAGCAUAUCUUCAAAGAGCAGUUGCAGCUGACCCCAGAAUUACCUCUAGGGCAUAUUUUUUUGCUGCUUUGUGUUGGUUCGUUAUUCCCUUUGCAAUGGGUGCUUCUUUGGGUCUUGGUGCCAGAGCUCUUUCUGUCUAUCCAGAUUUUCCAAAAUUGACUGACUUUGAAGUUGGCGAAGGACUUCCUGCAGCCGCUGCUGCCACGUAUUUGAUGGGUAAGACAGGACUGGCAAUGAUAAUCGUCAUGAUAUUCUUUUCUGUCACUUCAUCGUAUGCGGGAGAAUUAAUUGCUACUUCCACUUUGGUUUCAUACGACAUUUAUAAACGAUAUAUCAACCCUACAGCAACACCUCCACAAGUUGUUAAAGUAGCAAAGUAUUCUGUAUUUGGAUGGGCUAUAUUUUCGUCCUGUCUUGCUUCCAUUUUUUAUGGCGCUGCAAAAAUAUCCAUGGGCUGGUUAUUCAAUUUUCUUGGGUGUGCUACAGCAUCAGGUGUCUUUCCAAUAGCCUUGGCUUUUACAUGGAAAGAUUUGAACCAGGCAGGUGCCGUCGGUGGCUCUGUAGGUGGUAUGGUUCUAGCAUUUAUUGUUUGGUUGAUUACUUGUAAAACAUACACUGGAAGUAUCACUGUUGACAACUUAUCAAACCAAUGGGUAUCAUUUGCUGGCAAUGUCACAGCCUUGGUCAUGGGAGGGGUGAUAUCUAUUGUCUUAUCUUUGAUUUGGCCAGCAAAUUUCGACUUUGACAACACUAGAAACAAGACCAGUUUGGCUGAACAGAAUACUGAACUAAUCAAACAAGAAAGUUCGGGAACCACUAAGCUCGACGAAACCAAGGAUCAAAACGUGGAAAUUGAAACAGAAAUUGCAAAUUCCGAUUUGGAUAUGGAUUUAAAUGCCGAAAUUGAUCAUAAACAUUUGGAUCAACAAUUUAAAAAGUAUACAAUCUUGGUUAUUGUUCUUGCUAUAAUAUUCGUGUUUAUCAUUCCUGUGCCGUUGGGAGGUUCCCCCUAUGUAUUUUCGCCAAACUUUUUACUUGGUUGUGUGAUUAUUAUCAUUAUUUGGUUAUUCUUUUCUUUAUUCUAUGUCGUCAUACUACCAUUAUUCGAAGCUAGGAAAACUCUUUGGCAAAUCACCAAACAAAUCUUAAGAAUAGAUUCAAAAUCAGAAUAA